ACUUCCUGGAAGACGUCCCCCUAUCAGCCGACCUGUCUGUGAGCAUGCGCUGCGCACUGCGCAUGCUCACGUCAGGACUGGGAUUUCGCGGGUUUGGGGGGGAUUGGUUGGUUUCGCGCCGGAUUUGAAGGUGAAGAUCGGAGUCGGUGCUCCGAGUGGAGGAGACGAUGAGUCUGUGGGUGGACAAAUACCGGCCCAGCCUCCUCGCCAAGCUGGACUAUCAUAAGGAGCAGGCGGCCCAGCUGAAGAAUCUGGUACAAUGUGGAGACUUUCCUCACCUCCUUGUGUUUGGGCCAUCCGGAGCCGGAAAGAAGACCAGAAUAAUGUGCUUGUUAAGAGAACUGUAUGGAGCUGGUGUAGAAAAACUUAGGAUCGAGCAUCAGACAAUAACGACGCCUUCUAAAAAGAAGAUUGAGAUUAGCACCAUAGCAAGCAACUACCAUUUAGAAGUGAAUCCAAGUGAUGCUGGAAACAGUGAUCGUGUUGUUGUUCAAGAAUUGCUAAAAAAUGUGGCCCAGUCACAGCAACUUGAGACGAGUACACAGAGAGAUUUUAAAGUUGUAUUGCUAACAGAAGUGGAUAAACUUUCCAAAGACGCUCAGCAUGCUUUGAGAAGAACCAUGGAGAAAUACAUGGCUACUUGCAGACUCAUUCUUUGUUGUAAUUCUACAUCUAAGGUCAUUGCUCCAAUACGUAGUAGAUGUUUGGCAAUUCGUGUACCAUCUCCAAGCAUUGAGGAGAUCUGCACAGUUCUGUUUAGCGUAUGCAAGAAAGAAGGACUGUCUCUACCACAGGAACUCGCUCGAAGAAUUGCAGAAAAAUCUGGAAGAAACCUCAGAAAGGCUCUUCUAAUAUGUGAAGCUUGUCGUGUCCAACAGUAUCCCUUCAGUUCUGACCAAGACUUACCGGAAACGGAUUGGGAAAUUUAUGUGAAGGAGACUGCAAACGCCAUUGUUAAUCAACAGACGCCACAAAGGUUACUUGAAGUUCGCGGUAGACUUUAUGAGCUUCUGACACAUUGUAUCCCUCCUGAAGUUAUAAUGAAGUCACUGUUAUCGGAGCUUCUCAAUAACUGUGAUGGGCAGUUAAAAGCUGAUGUGGCGCAGAUGGCGGCUUAUUAUGAACAUCGGCUGCAGCUGGGCAGCAAAGCAAUUUAUCACCUGGAAGCCUUUGUGGCAAAGUUUAUGGCCAUUUACAAGAAAUUCAUGGAGGAUGGACUGGAAGCAAUGAUGUUCUAGCACAAUUGACUUUUUCACUCUUCUUCACAUUUUAUAGACUUGUUGUUCUUUAAAUAUAUUGGCACUUGUACCUUAUUUUUCCUGCUUGGCAUUUGCUGCCUUAUGUAUAGUAAAUAUCUUUUGCCAGA